AUGAGGCCACUCUGGAGGCUCCUCGUCCUCCUGGCGUUGCUGGCCUGGGCCUUGGCGCUGCAGGAGCAGCCUUGGGCUGGCCUGGCCACGGCCCGCAUAGACAGCAAGUCCACCCUGGCCAGAAUUAUUGCCCAGGGCCUCAUGAAUCACAACGCAGAGGACCGAAUCCAGAACAUCCACCUCUUGGACAGUCUGAACGUCUCGGGGAGGAUGGCCCCCGGGAUGGUGGGCUGGCUGAUCGGCGGCAUGAACAUCCAGCAGCAGUACGAGAUCAGCAUCAACAUCACCAACGUUCAGCUGGACUGUGGUGGGAUCCAGAUACAUUUCCAUAAAGAGUGGUUCUCAGCAAACAUCUCGCUUGAAUUCGACAUCGAUUUGAGACUGCCCUUCAACAACAACAUCAUGAAGACUCACGAGCACAUGAGCCUCGCUGUGGAAUUCUGGCUACAGAAGGACCAGUUCGGCCGGAGGGACCUGGUGAUGGGUGAGUGCCUCAUGGAGCCCGGCAGCCUCCACACCACAGUCCUCACCGAGGCCAUCCCACCCAGGAUGAAACAUUUUCUGCACAGCCUCAAAGAGAACCUGGAAAAAAUUAUCCCACACCUGGUAGAAAGUCAGGUGUGUCCUCUGACUGGUGAGAUCCUCAGGCAGCUGGAUGUGAAACUGUUGAAAGACCCGCUUCUUGCUGCAGUCCACCCGCUCCUGCCCAGGACAGGGAAGGCUGGCCCCACGUCCUAG